AUGUGCUGGUGCUCCCCCGCGUGGCGGGCAUCGUCUGGACCGGUCGGCCGCUUCUGUUUGCGCGGAGCGUGGCGCUGUCUAAGCACGGCCCCGUUGGAGCUGGGGCAGUUUGGACCGUUGGGGCCCAUGAGUGCGUUUCAUCACGCGCAAGAGCUUGAGUGGUACAAGGUGAUUUUUGCAUCAGGGGAGGUGUGGUGGCUCGUGAGUGUCGCCGGCGACGUCCAGAUCAUUUUCACGCACCAGUACACGUCAGCGGCGGUGCCUUCCCUGGCAGGCGCCGUGUACGUUGGCAGCACGGAUCGGUUUCGGCAUGCCGUGGCGAUGGCGCUCGGGUCGAUGACGAUUGUGUUUAGUUACAAAAGGGCGCUAAAGUACCAUUUUGGCUUGGACAAGUGGCCGUACAAGAACUGCGUGUACUUGGACCAGGCGUCCGCCGUGAUCACGGAGCUCCUCUGCGUAAAGUGGAGCGGUGUAUUUUACGUCCUCGACAUCCAGCUGUGGCGGACUUUCGUGCUGGACGUGCCACAUGACAAAGGGUGCGGAAAGGCCACCCGAUGUACGACCGAGUGCAAUUUGCCCAUCCUCUUGUGGGUACACAUGUGUAAAUGUGUCGACUAA